GCGACGGCCAUUUUGGAACUGGGCAAAGCAGCAUCAAGUCACUUCUGAGCAUGCUCCACCCAGUUCCAAAAUGGCGGCAGCGCUACUUUUGGUCUGCUAUUUUCGGCCCGGUCCCUUAUUUCUCUGACAGCAACUGGGCAGGUAUGCCCAAUUGCACAGACACUUCGAAGCGUGCAGCUGACCGAGCGUAGAAACCUCCUGCAGACCUUUGCUCUGAACCUAUGAUGGCCUGAGAGGAGCCCAAGCGUGCAGGGAACAUUGAGGGGCAGAGCCUGCAUCUGCACGCACCUGACCCACAAAACAAUUGGAACCCUCACAUGUUCACCUGAAUGCCUGGUAAGCUUCAUUUCACCCAGGUCAAAGACCCGGUUUGGCUCACUCAUACACCCCAUGCAUUUGUGUGUCCACACAUGAACAUGCUGGGAGCCUCAUUGGCACCCCUCUGGAGACUUCAUCUGGGGCAAAAAACCCAGCUAGCCUCCCACCCCGUAGCUACGGCUCUAAGGGAAGGACAGAAUGGUGUAACCAGAACAUGCCGGCAGAGAAACGAAGUGUAGAAACCACUGUUGUCUGGGUUGGUUCCUCGUUCACAAGGAAAACCUAUUUCUAAACAUCCUCAGGAACAGAAGUGAGUGCUUCCCACAGAAAUGAAUGGAUGAAUUCAAAUUGCUAAUCUGGCAAGGAUCGGGCCCUUGUAUGUAUGCCCUUACUCACCUGAAAAACAAACAAAUCCGAAAGGUAGCAGCAGAGGGGAAAGUCCUUGGCCUCUCUAACUCUCUUAUUAUUUUAGCACGAGACAUUAAAACAUCAACAGAACAGAGCCGGUACAGUCAUUGCCCACGUAUUUCACAUUGGAAGGGGCUGUGGCUGGAACCGAAUUACUUACGACCGCCCUGCAAUGUUGCACAUAGUGAAUUUUGCAGGCCAGGCUCCGGGUUGUUUAUAACAGGGUGAGGGACCAUGGCCUUGCCAGACAUUAUGGGAUUCCCAGCUCCUAUCAUCCCUGAACACUGACUAUGCUGGCUAGGACUGGUGAGUCCCACAGGCUCCCAGUCCCUGGUUUGCAACAAGCCUACGGUGUGGUACGAUGGCUAGCAAAGCUGACUCUGGCUUCCUGUUGAGAAUCGCCAGCAGGGACAGUUGGCAACCUUGCCCACACAUCGUAUUUUGUUCAGAAAAUAUAGGUCAGGGGGGAAAACAUUGACUAGUGUCAUAAGAGAAACCAAUGAUCGGAGAGGGGAAUUGUUUCUCUUAUGACACUAGGAAGAAGGAAGGAUAGAUCUCUUGAAAACCAAGAGCAAGCAAUGGGAGGCUUUUGGGAUUUCUUCUCCCUUCGGAUGCGGCUUAACUUGGCUGUUUUCAGACUUCUCCUUCAAACUUUUUUUAAUUUCAAACCCAUUCAGCUGAGGACAUUCUUUCUCCGCUGGCAUCGAGCCCAGCUUCCAUCCCCCAACCCCUCCCACAUGUCACACACUCUGUUCAGGCAACUGAGACCUUUGGUUUCCUUGGCCCUGUUCCCGAGGGUUUAUUUUCUUUUGUUUGUGAAGAAAGCUUCCCUGAACCCUUCCCUGUUUAUAUCCCCUGUGAAAAAUCACACACCGCCUCCUGGAUGACUCUCACCUCUCAAGCAGUACCAUCUGUCUAUGAGGAAAGUGUCUUGCAGGUGGUCCUCUCGUCUUCUCUUAUUUUGACUGCACUGCCUGGCGCCUCCCCAAAGAUGGGCAGCCCAGAUGCUUACCUGCGGCAGGACUGGCAGAUAGUCCGUGGUAUCCCCAUGGUCUGCGCAUUCUCCUUUGACUGGGACAGGAUCAACCGUUUCCAGAGCAGGCCUGAUGAUAUCGUGAUAUCCACCUACCCAAAAUCUGGCACUACAUGGAUGAGUGAAAUUGUGGACAUGAUUAGGAACGACGGCGACCCCGACAAAAGCAAACGGGAUGCAAUUUUCAAUAAAGUGCCUAUGCUGGAAUUUGCUGCCCCAGGAGAGAUGCCUGCAGGCACAGAACAAUUAACUCAGAUGCCAUCUCCUCGCCUGGUGAAGACCCACCUCCCAAUUGACCUCCUUCCCAAGUCCUUCUGGGAAAAUGGCUGCAAGAUGAUCUACGUGGCUCGCAACGCAAAGGAUGUUGCUGUCUCCUAUUACCACUUUGACUUGAUGAACAAGCUGCACCCGGAGCCAGGUCCCUGGGACAACUACCUGGAGAAAUUCAUGGCUGGAAGAGUGGCUUUUGGAUCCUGGUAUGACCAUGUGAAAAGCUGGUGGGAUAAGAGGAACGGCCACCCCAUCCUAUACCUGUUUUAUGAAGACAUGAAAGAGGAUCCAAAGCGUGAGAUAAAGAAAGUGGCAAAUUUCUUGGGGAAGAACCUGGCAGAUUCUGUUGUGGAUAAGAUUGCCUACAACACAUCCUUUGAACUGAUGAAGAACAAUCCUGCCACAAACUAUAGGAUGGCUCCAGCUGCCGUGAUGGACCACAGCAUCUCCCCAUUUAUGCGCAAAGGGAUCGCUGGAGACUGGAAGAAUCACUUUACAGUGGCUCAGAAUGAGGUAUUUGAUGAAGAUUAUAAGAAGAAAAUGGCGGACACAACGCUGCGAUUCCGAACGGAGAUCUGAAGCGCCGUGUUCUGUGUUUCCAUACAGAAAUCACCUGUCAUUCAGUAGACAAAGAGAAGAAGCAAGUCGCUGACCUGGAUGGUUGUGGGAUACAUGUUUGAAAAAUGUGUAUGUAGUCUCUGGGGAAAGUAUUCAGUGCUGAGGAGCCAGAUCUCAUGACUUGCACAAGCAAUCUCUCUCUCUCUGUCUCAUUCUCUCUCUCUCUCCCCCCCCUCUCUCACACACAGAGAGACUUUGAUCAUGUAUCAAUCAAUAAACCUCUCCUAUGCCUCAUUUCUUUCUCUCCUCCACAAUUCUGCUUCUAAGAGCAGCUUGGGACAACAAUAUUGAAGAGACAAUUGGCAAGAAGGUAAAUGGUGAAGCAGGCCCUUCCUCUCUCCCUGCUUUCAGCGACAUGCUGCUUUUCAUUUUUAAAAUAGGGAAAGAAUCAUAGAAUCAUUGAAUCGCAGAGUUGGAAGGGACCCUGAGAAUCAACCCCCUGCAAUGCAGGAAUAUGCAGUUGCCCCAUAGGGCAGUGUUUCUCAACCUUUUUUGGGCCAAGGCACACUUGUUCCAUGAAAAAAAUCACAAGGCACACCACCAUUAAAAAAGUUAAAAAAUUUAACUCUGUGCCGCCCUAUAUUGACUAUAUAAUUAUGACUGUAAGAAACACUUGCCAAUUGCUGUGUUGGUUGCAAUCUCCUGUAAUAAGGCUUCACAAGCCGCUGAUUUCUCUGCCAGCACAAUCCUUUGCUCAGCAAGUUUCAGGUUGAGCUCAUCCAGCCAGCUUCUUAAAGUUUGUCUAAAACCACCCUCCCGUGGUGGUGGCUGUUGAGAGCUGCGCUCGCCCCGCGUCGUGACCCGGCUGGCUUCCUUUCCGGCGGGUCAGUGUCGUGUAUUGGUGGCCGCCAGGCACGUGACAAUGCAAAUCGCCCUUCUCGUCGCCGCACGUCACGGCACACCAGCCAGCGUCUCGCGGCACACUAGUGUGCCGCGGAACAGUGGUUGAGAAAUGCUGCCAUAGGGGGAUCGAACACCCAACCUUGGCAUUAUCAGCACCACGAUCUAACCAACUGAGCUAUGCCAGUACCUUCCAAACACCACCCCAUCAUGUAUUAUUCACAAAAUGUGAUUAUUAAAAAGUUAAGGAUAAAACAGAUGUAUCUGGCAGCUUUUAGGCAUAUUUGAGUAUAUUGUGCUGAUCUGUGUGAAUGUAUUUUGUGUGAGUUUGAAUUUUCUUGCUGCAGAAUCUAGUAUGUUUCCCUUCACAGAGUACAAGCAUUUCUCAGUUAUGAGUUAAUUCUCUGGAUUUCUACUAAUUUAUGCUGUAGUAUAGUAUUGUAACUCAUCAAU